CCGCUUGCUUCUACCACACGCCUCCCACCUCCCCACCGCUUCCACUUCGCCUCACUCCCCCUCUUCCCUCUUUAGCAACUACAACAGACCAUCCACGGAAGAACUAUUCACCUGGUCCCCAACACAACCUCCCAAUCCACCCCGACCAAACGAACCCCUACCCCGCCCACCAUGUCCACCAACGCCGCGCAAACGAUGCGCAAGCGCGCACCUCCCCAGGGCGACGAAGAAGCCGGCGCGGAGCUCAAGCUCGGGGAGUUCCAGGACGUGGACGCGCUGACGCACUCUGAAGCGGCGCUGGUCAUCAAUGCCCUCGUCGCGAAGCGCAAGAUGGAUAAGGAUUCCAAGCGUGUCAAUGAUAGCGAGAUGCUCAACAAGACCCUCGAAUACCUCGACCACUUCGCCCGCUUCAAGCGCAAAGAGAACGUCGAAGCCGUCGAGCGCCUCCUCUCCGCGCACCCCGAACUCGCCAAGUUCGAGCGCGCCCAGCUGGGGAGUCUGUGCUGCGAGCUGGCCGAGGAGGCGAAGACGCUGGUGCCCAGCUUGGCGGACAAGAUCAGCGAUGACGAUUUGCAGGAGUUGUUGAAUGAGAUUAAUAAGCACAGGGGGUACGAUGGGUAGAUGCCCUGUACGUCGUCUGUCUUUAAGUGUGCGGAGAGGGGAUGUGGGAGUGAAGGUUGGGGGGGGGGUGAGAUGGUUGGG